GUUCAAAGUUUUCCGAGUCUGCCAUCUCUUAUAUCUGUUCUUCAUGUUCCCUCGUCUCCACUAGCUCAUUAUCUGUUCUUCAUCCUCUUCUAACUCUUCUCAGAAAGGAGGCCUGUCUUCAAUAUAUACUUUGUUGCUAUCGGCGAUUAAGGAAUUAAUAUCAGGAUAAUGGAGGGUACUGCUGGGAGCAUUCCAAAAUUUGGUGAGUGGAAGGCCAAUGACGGCGGUUCCCCUUAUACCAUGUAUUUUGAAAAUGCAAGGAAGCGAAGGAGCAACAGUGGCAUCGCACCUCCCCCUGGGGCAUCUCCAGCUCGCAUCAUCUCUGCCCCAGCUGGCCCUAGAACUCCGCCACGAGCACCUGAUGCCAAGCCAGUGAAACCUGAGGACCGCGCCAACCGCUCACGAAACCAAGCCAAAGCUGGACAAGGUGGCUCUGGCUCAGUGCCAACCUGGGGCGAGUGGAAUGAGAGCAACAGCAGCGCAGGUGCUCAGCAGUAUACACUUGUCUUUAACCAGCUAAGGGAGGAAAGGAGGAGUGCUCCUCCAACGCCUAGCAUUGAGCAUGUACAACGUCCUACUCCAACUCGAGCCACUCAUCAUGAUCUUUAUGAUCAUGCACCCAAGCCUCGGGAUACUACAUUAUUGAAAACCAUUUUCCAUUACAGGGCUUCAAAUGCUGCGGGUUGUUUUGAAUAUCUAAGAGAUUAUGGCUGUUACACCAGAAGCUGAUGUUUAAAUGGCAAGAAUACAUCUCCGUUCUCCACAUGCUUCAAGGUUUGAGCAGUGCUUUAACAAUGAACAGAUGUUGGGAUGGCAGACAUUGAUUUUGAAACUUGCAUCAACUUCAUAGACAUUUAAAGGUGGUGAUAAUGAAUGUGUACACAUGUACAUGCCAAACACGUUUUUUGUGCAAAAUUAAAAUAGCUAGUUUGAUCGAUCUUUAUAUCCUUGUUAGAAAGUUCUAUUUGAUGUAAGAUUUUUGUGAUGAUGAAUGGAUCAUGUUUUAUAUAUUUUCAAGCUA